AUGGGAGACUUUAACGAAAUAGUUCAUGUAGAGGAACGGAGAGGUACUACUGGGUUGACACAAUCUGCGGAAGAUUUUAAGUCUUGGAUACAGGACAUGAACUUAGUGGAUUUGCCGCUCACUGACUGGAAGUUUACAUGGUUUCGCGGGAAUUCUUGCAGUCGCAUAGAUAGAGUUCUGGUUAGUUUGGAGUGGCUAGAAGAGUUCUCAGAUGCACAUUUGCGAGGUGGACCAAGGGGUUUGUCAUAUCACUGCCCGCUAAUAGUGGAGGGUAGGAAGCUGAGAGGAGGUCCGAGGCCGUUCCGGAGCCUUUAUUCGUGGUUUACGCAUGACGGAUUUCUCAGGAUGGUAAAGGAGGAAUGGAGAGGUUUGGGGGAGCUACAGUUCACAAAUAAAUUGAAGGCACUGACAGGUCCACUGGGAAGAUGGCAUAAGGCAAAUUUUGGUGAGAUUGAUAAGAUGAUUAUAAAGUUUGAGGAAGAGAUCAAGAGGAUUGAUGAUAUGGUUAGUAAUGGAGUACACGAUGGAACACUGGAGGCUAGAAGAAAGGCGUUGGUUAAGUGCUGUGAGCGAUGGUAUGUGAGAAAAGAAGUACAUUGGAAGCAUAUAUCGCAGUCUCGGCAUGUGAAUGAGAUGGACAGAAAUACAAGAUACUUCCAUAAUAUAGCUUCAACAAGAAGGCGGAACAAUAGGAUUGAUACUCUGGUUAUCAACGGCAGGCUAGUUCGAAACCAGGCUAGAAUAAAGGUUGCUAUCAGAGAGUUUUAUAAGGACUUAUAUCAUCAGGAAGACUCUCCUAUUAUGGGUUUCAGAGAUGGCCUGGUGGUUUAA